ACAUCUCGUAAAGAUUACUGGAAAGACUGGUUGUAUGAAUAUCUUGUCGUUAGUGUGUAGGCCUUACUGCUGCAACUUGAAUUCAGCACAUAUGAAACUUUUAUUGGUUACUGCUCUGCUCGCCGCCCCCCUGUCAUGGCAGGCUGAAGCUCAGUCGGAUCCUCCAUCAUGUCUAGUCGCUGACAAUCCAUGUCAAAAUAAUGCACCUUGUGUUGGUGACGGCGGUAAUGGAUCGUACAUAUGCCAGUGUCCACAAAAUUAUGUUGGUCAGAAUUGUGAAGAGUUCUACCUUUCAAAUUGUGGCGGAGGAUACUACAGUUCACCUGAUUAUUUCACAUCACCAAAUUAUCCCAGUGAAUAUCCAAAUAGAGCAAGCUGUGUCUACCUGGUCCGUGUCUAUGGCGCGCCUGCGAUAACAUUUACAGUGCAUGAAUUUGAUACUGAGGUAAGUAUGGUAAUAAAUAUGGCAAGACUUCAUGUAGGCCUAUAUUCGUUAUUGUCAAACGCAUAUUAAUAAUUCACAGGCAAA